ACCUACCGAUAUUUAACCGCGGGUGGGCUGACGGCUAACCUUGCUGGAGCCGGUGGAUCACGAUAUCUGGUGACUGUGUUGAUUAGAAGGAGAUUUUCCACAUCUACCACCUACUUCACGCCUCUCGUUGCACCUCCCAUAGAACCCCCGGAUUUCCGAUUGCAGCACCUGCCUGUCAUGUCUGACGACCCUACGAUCCUUCGCCCACGUCCGCGACGUGUGUUCGACCUUACGCCUGAAGAGCCCUCUACCCCUGCGGAACCGGCCAACCCGGACCUGCUCGCCCCCAAAGAUGGCGGUUCUGCCAGUGUGAGCCGCAAUGCCUCGAUUAUGAACUUGACCUCUUCGACGCUGUACGGUAUAUACUCUCCAACAGCCUUCGAAAGCUCCCGGGACGACUCUAGUCCUUGGGGGACGGAAGCCCGCACACCCCAGCCAGGAAGCCCGAGGAUCCAGCCUGAAGCUCCCGCGCCAGGAAAACUUCAGCGGACGCGGUCACGUCUCAGUCACGGUCUGUUUCGUGGCGUUAUCCUUCCGCAGGCGUUGAAGAGCGCCUUUUUGUUCGGCUUUGGCAUUGUUUAUGGAGUCAUCACAAUUCAUCUGCAUGAGAAUCACUGGAUCACCCCGGUGAAGUUGGAAAACACACACUACUACGGAUCAUGGCAAUACCUCGCCUUCUGGGGUGUGGCUGGCAUCGCUUUGGGAAACAUUCUGCCGUGGUUUGACCAGUUUGGGGGCCAAAUAAUUGAUAACUCCAAGCAGACAAGCAGGCCCAGCGAUCAGGAGGCUGCGGAUCGUACUGUAUCGUGGGUUGCAGUGGUUCGCAGUGUUGGUGCAUUUGUGGGCAUUGCGUUUGCCAUGCGCCGGCUUCCCUGGGAAUCCACUACUCAAGCAUCGGUGACUCUCGCACUCGUCAACCCCGUGCUAUGGUAUCUCAUCGACCGUACCCGAACCGGAUUUUUCUUGUCAACUAUGGUUGGAUUGGCUGGGAUGGGAAUCAUAUUGGGACUCAAGCCUGACUUGAUCCCAUCUGCAGAAACUUCCACUCCUACAGCACCCAUCUCGAACAUCACCGGAUGGGAUCACGGACUUGCGGUUGAGAUGUCUCAGGAAAGCAUUGCAGUACGGACUUGGGUUGCCAGUGUGCUUUUCUGCGCAUGCGUCUGCUUUGGAAACAUUGGCCGGCAGCUUGCCCCAGAGUCGCUGAAAAAGUGACGCGACAUCAAGGCGGUUCACUUCUUAUUCCACAUUUUAAUAGCAUCGGGAACUUUGUAUACCCCAAUACCCC